AUGAGUUCAAACCAAUUACAAUUACUUGAGCAAACUGAGAUCAAACCUCUAAGCGCAAACAUGUCGUCAAGUGGAAGUGAAUUUGAAGUAGAGCUAAAAAAUAAUAAUAAAAUGGAAAUUGACGAUAUUUCAAAUUUUUUGGUUGACAAAAUAAAAGAAAAUAAAUAUUUACUAGAAAAAAGUCAGUUACCAAGCAUAAAAAGUAAAAAAAAACAAGCAAUAGAAAUAUGUGUGAAAGAAAUUUGGCAAAAAUUUGGAAUGGAACUGUCGGAGAAAAACAUUAUAAAAAAAAUAGCAAACAUGAAAUGUCGGGUUAAAAGUAAAAUAGACAUAAAUAAAACAGGCAAUAAAAAGAUUAUUUUAAAAAACUGGGAAGCAGAAUUAUCCUCAUUGCUUUGUUCUGAUUCUAAUCCCUCAACAAACAAACUUCCUGUUCAUCUCUUUCUUGGAACCAAUGGCGACAACUGUACGCUGUCUGUCAAUACAUUAGAAGAGACAUCAGCAACAACAACAUCAGAAACAAAAACAACAGUAACAUCAGCAGCAAAACAGCAAAGAAAGCGCCGUUGCACUGAUAGCGACGAUCAAACUGUUUACAAAAAGUCAACAGCAAUUUUGAGUCGUUAUGAGACUGAUGAGACAAGGGAGUUAAAUUUUCAAAAGCUGCAGAGGCUUGUUUUGUUAAAGCAAAACAAAGUUCUUUCCGCAAAAUUACAGAUUUUGCAAGAAAAACUUGUGGAAAGAGGGUUGGAGUUCCAUGAAUGAUUACAAUUACUAAUAUAUAAUUAAUUAAUAUUAUAUUUUUGUACAUAUGUACAUAUUUUAUUAUUAUUUUUAUUCGUUAAAUAGUGAAUUACAUUUAUUUUGUUU